AUGCCAGCCGCAGUUUUGAGGUCCACGCGCGGCGCUCCCCGGCCAUCUCCUGUCGCUGCCAAGGGUUUGGCACGUCGAAUUGACCGGGCAAACGAGCUCAAUCCCAUCGCCGCCAAGCGCUUCGGACUUGCAUCCCCGAAAAAAGGACACGUCCGUGUCCGCGGGAUGUCCACGGCUUCGGACGCGCUUACGAUGCUUUGCUCCGCGGUGAUUUCGGGGAGGCUCGGUGCAGAAGCGCUCGACUCGACGUCAAGGCAGGCGUCAUGGGUUGAACAGUCAAAGGUCAGAUCGGAUCCAUUCACGCUCAUUGCGGCACAAGGUUUAUCAGAUGUCGUCUCGAACAGAGCUGGACGGAUGCAUUCCAUCUCCUCGCAUGAUCCUAUCAACGAGGCCCACACGCCAGGCCCCGAAGCAGCACCGACCGGCGGCGUUGUGCCACUGCAUCCGGUUGAUCCAACAGGCACAGCCCCGCCGCCAUGUGGUGGAGACCGCGCGGUGGUGGUGGCAGCCGCGCCCACAGGUGAAGCUGCAGCUGGCAGCACACCGCAGCGACCCGGCUCAGCCAGGCAGUCGGCCGCUCCAUCGAGGCUGGGCACCAGCGCGCGUGCGUCGCCGUCGCUGUCGGGCAAGACGCUAGAGCCCCGACAUUCGUCAUCCAACGCAGCUCCAGACCACGAUCACUCACCACACGGUCCUUCGCUUGACUCCAACGUUGUUGCACCACCACCAACAUCACCACCGUCACCGUCGCAUUCCACUCUUGCACAGAUGAAGGUCGAGAUUUGCGCUUUCUCCCAAAGGAAGAUCUACCCACUUCAGCGGCCAAAGUACAUUCAACCACCACCUCGACAGUCGCAUCAUCACGACUCGGAAGAGUACACCAGCACCCGGGCAGCAUUGGAGACACAUCGACAUUCAGCAGUGCCGUCAGGGAUGGUGGCACGUUUCCCACCUGCGAAUGCGCUCGGAACAUGCAGUGGACACAUCAGCAUCUUCGACAUUCGACUUUCCGCUGCAUCGACCCAACAUCUUGCGCAACCUAUCAACAGUGCGGCGAAUACGCACACCCAGCAUACGUCGGAGGAUUGUGAUUUCGCGACACAACUUGUAGCGCAGCAUAUCAGCAGCUUGUUGGGACGACUCGAAGCGACACUGCGCCGAUUGGAUUACACUUCGAGCCUCGACCUUGGAUUGCAUGUCCAUCAGCAGGUGGAAGCAUCUACUCAACGUCGAAUACUGACCAUUGACACCGCCAACCUCAUGCAUCAUUCGCACACCAACAGUGGUAAGGGUCGUCUUUACGUCCGCGGUGACAACAAGGUGUUCCGCUUUGUCAGCUCGAAGAACGAGUCGCUCUUCCUGCAGCGCAAGAACCCCCGUAAGAUCGCCUGGACCACUGUGUACCGUCGUCUUCACAAGAAGGGUGUUACCGAGGAGGUCGCCAAGAAGCGCUCGCGCAAGACCGUCAAGCACCAGCGUGGCAUUGUCGGCGCUUCGCUUGACGUGAUCAACGCCCGCCGCAACCAGAAGCCCGAGGUCCGUGCUGCCGCCCGCCAGGCCGCCAUUGCCAAGAGCAAGGAGGACAAGAAGUCGAAGGCCGAGGCACGCAAGGCGACCAAGGCCAAGUCGGUCGGCGCCGGUGGUGCUGGUCCCCAGAUCUCGCGCCAGCAGAUGAAGGGUGGUGCCGGCAAGGGCCGUGUCUAA